GAACAGGAGGGUAUCCCUAGUGAGGAGGAAGAAAGCAGCAGCUCAGAAGACGAGAGGGAAUGGCGCGAGGAACUCAAGAGACAGCGUAAAGAAGCUAGAAUAAAUGAAGAGAAACAAGUUACCAGCAAACCAAAGUUUUACGAAUUAAAAUCAGGCGAAAACUUUAAAACCAUAAAGUCUACCAAAGACGUGUUGACCUCGAAACAAAAGAAGUAAGUAUGACACAAGAAUCUUUGGCCAAAUCGCGGAUCCCGGGUGGAAGACCCUGAUUAGAGGAUCCUGCCUCCCAAUAAAUGGCGGACGAAUAUAUUUUUCACCUGAUCAAUCAAUUAAUCAAUCAAUUUAUUUAAAAUCAUUGCGUGGGAUUGAGGUUGCCCGCAGCAUCCGAUCCAAGGGCUCAUGUAUGAAACGCAUGACAAAAUGUCGUACCCGGAACUCGUCUUAGUGAUAAAGUCUGGGUACGAGAUUUAUUUUUCACGUCGCGUUUUGUGAUCUUGCCGUCCCGGUUAACAUCUGUGAAAUGCAAACGAAAACUCAAAUCUAGUCCAACUGGGAGAAAGCAGUAACGGAAGAACCGGAAAAAAAUUCCAUUUUCUCACGUUUGUUGUCUUGAGCUUGAGUUUUGGAGUCGUGUGUGAACCAGUUACUUAUGAACAGUUACAAAACUUAGAUUAUUUGCAUUAGGAGCUAUUAUUUCUCAUCUGUUUCCCUUUGAAUCGAAAUAGCAAUCUGAUACUAAGGUCGCUGUGAACACUUAGUUACACUAUAAUCAAGUCAAGUUAGCCCUGUCAUAUUAUGUUCGGUAUUAAUUCUUAGUGCAUAAAAUUCAAUUUCCUACAAAGUCAAAACGGGUGCGUUUUGUUUUUUGUGUGUAGGGUAUCCCUUGGUGACCGUCUUCAGCAUGAAGAGAGUUCGGGUGUGAUCCGGUCAACAGGUUCAUCCUCGGGUGAAAAGGAGAUUACUUUUCAAGUAGAGAAGGUAAAAAAAGGACAUCAAUUUAACGUUACUGGUUAUAACGAUUCUUUUAAAGAUUGAAAUGUAUUUGCUUUACCUUGUACCUAAUGAAAACAGUCAUUUUAAAUUAUUGGUUUGUAUAGAAAGACAAAUACAAAUUGCAGCAGUAUUUUAGGAUACUGUAGGAGUUUAUUGCCCUUAAAUGAAGAAGGGUGUAAUUGAUUUUUUCUUUAAUUAACUGGUAUUUUUUACUGUCGUUCUUGAGUUUAUUGUGGUGUGGGGUAAUUGUGUGAACGUAAUAUCCUGAGCGAUCAUGGUUACUUUUUGAUAAAGGCCAGAGUUUAAGCGAGACUUGGCCUGAAACAGCUUUUAAUGCGGAAUUUUAAUAAGAAAUAAUAAUUGUUUUCUAACUACAUGCAACCACGUUUUCUUUCCCCCCCAUGCAUCACGCGUCAAAAUAAGCGACUCUAUUGCAUUUAUCACAAUUUUUGUUUUCUUUGUAGAAUAACAAAGAGACAAAAAGAGAUGAAGAAAUUCGUGCUCAUGUCAAGGAAAGGAAAAAGCUUCGUCGAUCAGCCAGCAGUGUCCUGGGAAAUGAGAAACGAAAACCGGUGUUCUGGAGAGGGAGGAGGGUUAGAUGA